GGCACGGUGCCGUGUGCCCCCGCUAUCCGGGUGCUGGAGCUGACAGCGUUGUCCCCACAGACAGCCCUGAGCGCCUUCUUCCAGGAGACCAACAUCCCCAGCAGCCACCACCCCCCGCAGAUGAUGUGCACCCCCAGCAACACCCCAGCCACGCCACCCAACUUCCCGGACGCUCUGGCCAUGUUCUCCAAGCUGCGGACCUCCGAGAGCCUGCAGAGCAGCAACAGCCCCAUCACCUCCAUGGCCUGCUCCCCCCCGGGCAGCUUCAGCCCCUUCUGGGCCUCCUCGCCCCCCAGCCACCAGCCGGCCUGGCUGCCCCCCUCCUCACCCACCGCCCAUGGCCUGCACCACCACCUCCACCACGGGCAGCCCGCCUGGCCCCCCGCGCCCCCUCCUGCUGCCCCCCCACAGAAAGCCGUGGCCACCAUGGACGGCCAGAGAUAAGACUGGGAUGGUGGAGGGGGGGGACAUUGGGAGUGGGGGGAUGAAGGAGGGGUGGGGGGGGUCCGGGCCAGGGCGUUGGGAGCGGGGGCUCCCUGAGCAGCGCACUGGAAGCGUUUUCUAGGAUUUAUUAUUAUUUUGGGGGGGGGGCACGAGAGCCCCUGCAGGAGGCACCGGCUGGGCCUUUACACCCCCCCUUUCUUUUUUAAAUCUAUAGCUAUAAUAUAUAAAUAUAUCUAAUGUAUAUAAAUCCAGAGAGAAGGAGGCAACUGCUGGGUGUGCGUGGGGGGGGGGCCCUCUGGCUUCCCCCAGCAUCCCUGCAGCAGGGCAGGAGAGGGAAAAGCAGGGGGGGGGAAUCAAAACACAAGAUCAAGGGAUGGAGGUUGCCAUGGGGGCACGGAGCCAUUGCCCCCCCCCCCCUAGCUCUGGACUCCCUGGGUGCUUCUUGCAGCACCCACAGCAAAUGCGCCCCUCCUCUGGCUUCCCAAAUCCAGCCUGGCUUCUUGCACAGACCCCCCUGACCCCCCCUCAGGGCCUGGGGGGGGGGGUGUGUGUAUCAAGGUGAGGUCCCUGCGGGUGCUGUUCGUGACCCUUGCCCAGGGAGGGGGCAGUAGGGGAGGUUUUUAGUUUUCAAAUCAAUCUUGCUUAAAAAAAAUACAGAGAAAAGACACAAAAAAAAAAAAAAAGAAAAAAGGCAAGGCCAGGGUGAAGUUUUCUAUUAACUGAAAAAUAAUAAAAAAAAAGGCAAAAAGAAGACAUCCCAUUUUUAACAGCA